AUGCUGGCCCAGUUCACCGUUGGUGAGAAUUUUAAUAUCACAUCACCACCUGUGCUACAGGCUGUCAGCGUGCCACCUACCACCGAGUCCUCAUUACCAUCUGGGUGUCUUGUUCUAAGGCCAGCACGGGUACCAUCAGCCUCAAGAUUCCUGAAUCCCUAUGUAGUGGGUUUCGUUGUUGUGGCAGGAGUGGUAAUCCUGGCAGUGACCAUAGCUCUACUCAUCCACUUUUUAGCCUUUGAUCAAAAGUCUUAUUUUUAUCAUAGCAGCUUUCAAAUCCUAAAUGUCAAAUACAGUAAUCAGUUAAAUUCACCAGCUACACAGGAAUAUAGAGAUUUGAGUGGAAGAAUUGAAUCUAUGAUUACUAAAACAUUCCAAGAAUCAAAUUUAAGAAAUCAAUUCAUCAGAGCUCAUGUUGUCAAACUGAGGCAAGAGGGUAAUGGUGUGAUAGCAGAUGUUGUCAUGAAAUUUAAAUUCACUAGAAACAACAAUGGAGCAUCAAUGAAAAGGAGAAUUGAGUCUGUUUUACACCACAUGCUGAAUAACUCUGGAAACUUGGAAAUAAACCCUUCAACUGAGAUAACAUGCAAGUACCAUUUUUAUAUACCAUUUUAUCCCAAUAUAUCAACUAAACCAUCUAUAGGCAAUAGUAGUCACAAAGGAUGUGGGGCCCGUACAGACCUAAUAACUCUGUCUGCGGAGAGGAUCCUAGGAGGCACUAAGGCUGAGGAAGGAGACUGGCCAUGGCAAGUCAGUCUACAGACGAAUAAUGUUCACCACUGCGGAGGCAUCCUGAUCAGUAGCAUGUGGAUCUUGACAGCAGCUCACUGCUUCAGAAGCUACCCUAAUCCUCGUCAGUGGACUGUCACUUUCGGUGUUUCAACAACAUUUCCUAAACAGAGAAGAGGAGUAAGGACUAUUUUAAUCCAUAGCAAUUAUAACCCUGCAACUCAUGAAAAUGAUAUUGCAGCUAUACAACUUGACAGAGGCAUCACCUUUACCAAAGAUAUCCAUAGGGUGUGUCUCCCGGAGGCUACCCAGAAUAUUCCACCUGGGUCUACUGCUUAUGUAACAGGAUGGGGAUCUCAAGAAUAUGGCGGUAACACAGUUUCAGAUCUACAGCAAGCACGGGUCAGAAUAAUAAGUAAUGAUGCAUGUAAUGCACCAACUAGUUAUAAUGGAGCUGUUUUGUCGGGAAUGCUAUGUGCUGGACUACCUCAAGGUGGAGUGGAUGCAUGCCGAGGUGACUCUGGUGGCCCACUAGUUCAAGAGGACUCACGGCGGCUUUGGUUCCUUGUGGGGAUAGUAAGCUGGGGGGAUCAAUGUGGUCUGCCAGAUAAGCCAGGAGUAUAUACGCGAGUGACAGCCUACCGUGCUUGGAUAACCGAAAAAACUGGGGUCUAGAGCAAUAAAGGCAUCUCUGUGGCAAAGUCUGUAUGCAGGUGUAUGUCUAAAAUUCCAAAACCUUGCCUUUCAGCUGCAAAAGAACCCGAAGUUGCCCUAUUUUAACCUCCUGUCACAUAAAUAUUGUUUCGCAAACACAAUUUGUUCUUUAUUACUACAGAUUUUGUUUUCUCAAGA